CAAUGGCGGAAUUGACGAUAGCAGUCAUUCUUUGUAUGAAAUAAUUAAUUAAAAUAUGCAGGAGCUGUUACAAUAACAAUAGCAAUAAACAUUGGCAAAUUUAACAGCCGACACAAACAAUAGCUGUCACGUGAUUGUUGUUUUUCCCCGCAAAUUUAGGUCAUGAAAAUAUUGUUGUUUAUAGAUAAAAAAUAAAAGUGUCAGCGGCUGCCAUCGAAUUAGUAGACACAAAUAUCUGUAAAUUAUGUGUGAGAAAAACAUUUUAUAACAUUUUAUGGUUAAAUAUCAAAUAACAGUGCACUAAGUGGGAAUGGUGAAAUCGAAAGUUAAUUUUCUAAGUUGACACCGGUGACCUAGAUUCACAAGUUCGGUCGGUGGUGUUUAUGGAUUUUAAAUCACAAAAUGGUUUGGAAAUACUUGUCAUUGAGUCAAUGUAAAGCUUGUGUUUAUUUUAGAUUACAUGUUUAUUCAUGUUUGGGUUAAUAGUAGUCUAAAAUAAUAGACGUGUUAUACGGGAUUCUUCCAAUCCCUAACGUCUAAACGGGAAUGUGCAAAAAACGGGGGUGUUUAAAAAAUAUUGAAAUUGUUUUAAGUGAAGUAUUUUAUGGUUGAAAUUGAUCAUAAAGAGUUAUAUUCAUAUUUUACCAUGUAAGUGAAAUGUUAUUUUGCACUGAACAAGCAUUUAAUGCAUUAAAACAAGUUGUUUACCUUUCCAAUAAAACGAAAGUUGACUGACACAGACAACAAUUAUGCGAAGGGGAACAACUCGAUACAAUCGUAAUAACUCGGCCUCCUUCGACAAAGCUUCGAGAUAGACCUCGUUAUAUAAUCGUAACAACUCGGCCAAUGGUCGAAAUAUUCCGAGCGAUUUAAAACUGUGCCCUAAAGCCUUGCAGGUGCCCUUCAUGUAUAUAUCGUUAUGUUUUGACAGAAUGAAAUGAAGAAAAGCCGUCAAACUCAUUAUUAUAAGUUGGAUAUUUAAUUUUUGUGUACGGAACUAAUAUAAAAUAACAUUAUCUGGUAAUAUUUCUUGUUUUUAUGUUAUUUUAUAGACGCUAUAUGCUUUAACCCGGAAUCCUGAUCGGAACAACUACCCACUUUUGAUACUAAACAAUUUGUACGUGAAGGAUUUGCCAUAUCAAAAAUAAAAAAUAAAAAUCCGUCAACGUACAAUUAUUUGGACUAGGUUAAUAGUGGAGUAAACACAAUGAAAGAGUUGAACACAUGUGUCAAUGCCAGGAGUUUUGUGCAAAACAUUUAGAUAAAACAACACGGAGAACUAUUUUGAAUAAGUCCAUUUCAAUUUGUAAUGAACUUGAUAUUUCACUAUAAAUGAGAUUUGUUGUUGUAACCAAGGAAUACUCUUUAAAAUGAAAAAUAAACAAGCAUGAAGUAUAGAUAGAUGCACUUUGAACGCAUGUUUACACAAAAUGGCGGAGUUGGGAGAAGAUGAAAAUGUCCUAUAGGCUAUACAUAAUUAUGGAUUUCUCUGUUACUAUCAUUGGUACAUAAAGUUAAGUCACAUGCAAGAUUUAAUAUUUUGCUAUGUGUUUUUUAUGUACUGAUGUGGUAAUUUGCUGCAAGAUUUGAAUUUGAAAUGGAUUUGGUGAACAUCCCAUGGUAAAUAUCCCGACUUAGCAUGGAUCGGGUUACACACAACUAGGACCCCUCAUGGUAUAGGUUAUAUAUACUCAAAUCUAGGUCUAGUUUGUUUUUUUGUUUUUCAGGAAUUGUUUUCGCAAUAUUAAAGCUCAAAUGUCUUUAUAAAAUGCUACCUCCUUAUUUACAAAGUUGGUAAUUAUUUCACUUUAUUGACAAAAUCCAAUAUUAAAAUAACUUAAACAAUGUUUAGAAAAUGUUAUAUAUUGUUUUAAUACAGCGCAAUUUUUGUGUAUUUUAAUGCGUAAAAUUUGCCUCCUCUUUUCUCAAUUUAAUAUUGGUAAGUUUUUAAGUGUUCUGCAUUCACUUUUGCUUUAGCAUACUCUUAAAGCUAAACAAAUGUCUUGCUGAGUGAUAUUCAAUGUAUCUUUGAUCAAAAGUGUAGUUUAUACAUGUAAACAUGUUUUAUAGUCAAUAUCAUUGAUGUUUUAUAUGCACAGUAUGUAAGAUUUAAAAUGUGUGUUUAAUAAGAACUUUGAAACUUCGAGUGUAUUAAAACAUGCAUUAAUAGCAGUUUAAGGAUUUAAAGUGACAAGUAAAUGAUAUAAAUUUUGACUGUGUUUAUGUUGUUUUCUGAUUUUCACCCUUUACGAGUAUGUUUUGUGACUUUUUUCCUUUUUUUUUUUUCGACCACCCAGUGGACAUUUUUUCCAAAAAUUCUUGUAAACCAAAAAAUAAAAAAGGAGUGGCCUUAAUGAUAAUAAUUCAAUGUGCUCACCAUAAAUGUAAAUGUAAGAGGUUUGACCGCACUACUGGCUUGAACCGGUUGCGUCAUUGUUGUAGUACUACUUUUAUCAUGAGUGUUAAAGCAAAAUGCAGUCGAUAUAAAGUUAUUUUUAAAACUGUGUUCCCGUCUUCUGAACAGUUUACUUCAGCGAGCCGGGAAACAAAAGUGGGGCUAUAACGUAUAUCACACAUGGUAACCUUGAACGUGAAGUAUAUUGUCAUGUGAUUGGUGGAUAGUUCAGCACACAUGCACGUGAAUGGAUGACUUCAUAAACGUAGUUCCAAGACAAUACUGAGAAAUUCUCGAUUCCUUUAUAUGAAACAUACUAAUAUUCUAUCAAAAAGAAAACAAGAUUUAUUUAAUCAGUCGUUAUUGAACAUCUUGCUGAAAGACUAAAUGGCAUUUUUGUCUAGGUUAGAAAAUCGAUACACUACAUGUAAAUCGGUCGCGCAUUAAUACCGAAUGCGUAUACUACUCUAGCGACCACGUUGUUACUUCAUUAACGACCGAAAGCUCACAAUGGUUGCCACACGUGUUUAUGAGAAAUGCGCCGACAAAGAAGAAACUAAAGUGACUUUGGAUAUAAAUGCUGUUGAAAAGGAGGUGCUCCCAAAUCUGUCAGACAAUGCCGCCUUUGGAGGCCCAGAACUGAGGUCCGCUGCCUUUUGGAUCGGUGAUGUUGAGGACCCUCCUUUUGUUUCCGAAAACGACCCCUUGACGUCACCUAAAAAUGUCGAAAGUCUACAAAAGGACGAACUGGACGCGUACGAUGAUGGAUUGCGGACUGACAGCGACGACGAUGAUGAAUCAACAGAAGUCGAGUCAACCAAUUCUGGUCCCACUUGGGCUGAUCUUGGCACGUUCCAACGCGUUAAACACGUGCUUUUACAAUGGUUUGGGAAGGCCAUCUUUCUUCUGCUUCUGCUGUAUGUGUUCGUCUGCUCGCUGGACUUCCUCAGCUCCGCAUUCAGAAUUCUUGGCGGGAAAACGGCAGGGGGUGUAUUCACGAACAGUGAAAUUAUUAAGAACCCCGUGGCGGGCCUUAUGAUUGGCAUCCUUGCUACAGUGCUAGUCCAAAGUUCCAGCACAUCCACGUCAAUCAUCGUCACUAUGGUCGGCUCAGAAAUCAUUGAGGUCGGACCGGCCAUCCCAAUGAUUAUGGGCGCGAACAUUGGCACGAGCGUUACCAACACAUUCGUCUCUAUGGCGCAGUCUGGGGACCGGAAGCAGUUCCGGCGCGCGUUCGCGGGCGCUACCGUCCAUGACAUGUUCAACUGGCUUACUGUACUUGUACUUCUUCCGCUGGAGGUGUUCACCGGGUUCCUUUUCCGCCUUACGAGUUUGAUAAUUGACUCUUCUAACAUUGGAACCUAUGAAGGAGGGAAGAGAGAGUUCCUCACCGCUCUCACCAAACCAUUCACCAGCCUUAUUGUACAGGUUGACAAGAAAGUGAUCAACAAAAUUGCCGAGGGUCAUACAGAAUACCUCAACAAAAGCCUCAUCAAGAAAUACUGCGUCUUUGAGAAAAGAGAAGUCAUCAAAAACGUUUCCCUGGUAACCAACUUCACAAAUGCUAUUAACGGCGAUUCGAUCAUAGAGAUUGAAGAAGUUCCAUUGGAAAAAUGCCACUCUCUUCUCAGCCAUUUGGACCUGAACGAGACCGUUUCCGGCGUGUUACUGCUCAUCUGCGCGCUGGCACUCCUUUGUACAUGCCUUAUUCUGAUGGUCAAAGUUCUAAACUCAAUAUUGAAAGGAUCGAUUGCCAAAGUGAUCAAGAAGACUCUGAACGCUGACUUUCCCGGACAUUUCUCCUGGUUAACCGGCUACGUCGCAAUGUUGGCCGGCGCAUUAAUGACGGUACUUGUUCAAAGUAGUUCCGUUUUUACAUCCGCUCUCACUCCAUUGGUCGGAAUCGGGAUGAUAAAAUUAGAACGAAUGUACCCGUUAACUCUGGGAUCAAACAUCGGGACCACAGGGACAGGGCUAUUAGCGGCAAUGGCGGCCACGGGACCACAACUUCCGAUCGCCUUACAGAUCGCCUUGUGCCACCUUCUCUUCAACAUUUGUGGCAUCCUAAUCUACUACCCGAUCCCAGCUUUGAGAAAAAUUCCACUAAAUUGCGCUCGAUUCCUCGGCCGGGUAACCGCUAAAUACAGGUGGUUCGCAAUCGCCUACCUAUUGCUCAUGUUCGUUCUAAUUCCCGGAGGUGUGUUUGGACUCUCCCUAGCUGGGACCAUUCCAUCUAUUAUUGUUGGUUCGUUAGUUUGUCUAGUCGUAACAUUCGUAAUCAUUCUGAACAUUUUGCAAUCAAAAUGUAACUCAUGUCUACCAAACAGUCUAAAAACCUGGAAAUUCUUGCCGAAAGGUAUUCGAUCCCUUGUUUACGUCGACCUAGCGGUCACAAAAGUGUUCGGUGUGUUCAAAAACUGCUGCCCAUGUUGCAAGACAUGCUGUAAACCCAAGCAGACUAAACCAAAGACCAUAGGAGAUGUGGUGAAAGCUAACAAUAUUACAUCCAACAUUGUCAAAGACAUGGUUAAAGACAACAAAGAAACGGGGGUGCCACUAAAAGUAUCUCCUACGCCUUCUGUGGCGUCGUCAAGGUUAUUGUUGGAACGUUUAGAGCGGUCGUCCAGGGUAUAAGUCAUUUCCUUUUUACGUGCUUCCAUUUACUGUUAAGUUAUUUUAUUGUGUUCUGUCUCAUGUUCGAGGGAAAUACUCAAUUUUCGUUAACUGCCAACAGGGGACAGAAGCAAACUAUUUGUUUAAUAUUUUCUAGGCCUAUAUUUACUAUGUGUGUAUAUAAUAUAUAUAGAUCAGGAAACAUAAAAAAAUAGUUUGCUUCUGGAUCCCCUGUGCUUCAUUCCAUUACUAUAGCGGCAUUAAGUCCUGGUUGAAAGGGGGGAAAAGUAAAUAGUUAGCAUACAAACCAACCACACUUACCAGAUACAUUUUCAUAAGUUCAUGAAGUGGUGUUAUUCAGUCUCAAACUUGGUUUACAUAUAGAUAUGCCAUCAUAAUUUCAUAUUAUUUCGAUUUAUCAUUUGUAUAAACGUCAUGUAUUUAUUACCAAAAAAUAGAUUCACCAUCGUCAUUGUAUAUAAUUGUGAACAUACUCAUUUAUUCUCCAUGUUUUAUGCAUUUUUGUGUAUUAGAUGUGCCGUUGAUUUCGCAUUUAGCAUUAGAUUAACUUAUGUGCCAAGUCUUUCAAAUAGCGUAGUAUGAUUUAUUUAUUUUUGAAACAGCUGAAAACUAGAAUAUUUUUUAGUUUUGUUCAGAAUUAUUUAUGAAUCUCCUAAUUUUAGAAUCAAGAUUUCAGAUCUGAUAAACGCUCAAACACUGUUAUUGAAGUUUGAUAACAUAUUUUUAUAUAAAUAUUUUCUAUCAAUAUUUGUUUUUUUUUCUUUUGCUUUUUACAUUUUAUGUUGUUGACAUUUCCAACACCAAACACUUAUAGGCAUUAUUUUUUCACGACGGUAUUAUGUAAUAAUGAUUUCUUUCUAGUUCUGUAUGACAACUUUGAUGAACAUUGUGUGUGCAGAUCGAUAGUGAUCAAAAUGCCCAUAUACUCUUGUUUUAAGAGAUGGCAUUGUUCUAGUCUGGUGAGCAGAGCAACAGCAUCUGUAUAUAGAUCACUGACCCAUACGAAUUAUGAUUAUACGAAAAUAUUCAAACAAAACAAAAUAUAUAAUAUACAAAUACCUGUGCUGCAGUUAUUGUGGCAGAGGAAAUAAAAAAAAAAGAUAAAAAAUAAAAUAAAAAUAAAAAGAUACAAAAUGCCGUAAUAGUAAAAUAAAAGGUUCAAUAUUCAAACCUAAAAAACAUGCGUUGUAUUUCUGUCUCAAUAAUUGUUUGUAAAUACUCGAUAUUACCUAUAUAAUUUGAUCACAUUCAAACUGCACACACUUUGUUUGUAUCUUGAAACUGUCUGUUUGUAUCUUGAAACUGUCUGUUACCUAUCUCUCUUUGAAAUAAGCCAUACUCUUACCAGUGCUAUUUUAUUUUUCAAAAAUCAUGACAGUUAAAAUGUUUGUUCCAAAUGAAGUAACUGAAAUUGUCAAUAAAAAUAUCUCUAUUU